AUGUGUCCAAUCUGGAGGCUCCUGGUCCACCUCAGCUUGCUUUCGGUGCCCUCAGCACCGCACAAGCAGCCUUGGCGUGGCCUGGCCGAGGCCCACAUGGACAGACCAGCUCUGGCGAGAAUUAUUGCCCAGGGCCUCAUGAAGCACAACGCAGAGGGUCGAAUCCAGAACCUCCGCCUCAUGGACAGUCUGAAUGCCUCGGGGCAGAUGGCCCCAGGGAUGGUGGGCCGGCUAAUAAAUGGCAUGAACCUCCAGCAACAGCAAGAAAGCAGUGCCAACAUCACCAACAUUCAGCUAGACUACAGUGGGAUCCGGAUGUCUUUCCAUAAGGAGUGGUUCUCAGCGAACAUCUUACUUGAAUUUGACAUUGACUUGAGACUGUCCUUCAAUAACAAGAUUAUAAAGACACACGCAAGCAUGAACUUGGUUGUGGAGUUCUGGCUGGAGAAAGACGAGUUCGGCCGGAGGCAUCUGGUGAUAGGCAACUGCUCUGUAGAGCCGAGCAGCAUCCACACGACAGUCCUAACAGAAGAUAUCUCACCAAAGAUGAAACAUUUUCUCCGCAACUUCAGGGAGAAAGUGGCAAAAGUUAUCCCGCACCUGGUGGAAAGUCAGGUGUGUCCUCUGAUCAGUGAAAUCCUCAGACAGCUGGAUGUGAAACUGUUGAAGAGCCUCAUGGAACAGGCUGCUGCUCACAAAUUCAACCAACUAUGA